UAUUCUUUCAUUAUAAAAAGAAUCGAACUCAAAAAAAUUUCUUACCCAUAAUUUCAAUCAAUCCCCAAAACCCUAAAAUUUCGAUUUUUCAGAAAAAUGAAGACAAAGGCAAAUCAGCAAAAUAUCUUCGUCCGUUUAAUAACAAGUCCAUAUCGGGCUUUCUGCCGGGCCCGGGACUUCUACGUCAACUCCAUGAUACAAUGCGCCACCGGAAACGCCGCCGGCCUCCGCGGCGGCGGCGGCGCCGCUCUGCACGCGGCGGACCUGCCCCGGAGCUUCAGCGUCAAUUCGGUCCGGUCGGAUGAUCGGAGCGAGGAUUUCCGGGAGCUGGUCCGGGCGGCGUCCGCCCGGAGCGGCAGAGUUACGGCGGCUCCGCCGCCGGCGCCGCCGAGGAGCGUCAGCGUCGGGAUGGGGAGGAUUGACGAAGAUCAGCCGCGAAUCGAUUUUGGUGAAGAAAUUGAUGCGAGGUUGAAGAAGGAGGUGAUGAAGUAUAACCGGAGCAAAAGUCAGGCCGGCGGCGCCGUCGCCGGAAAAUUCUUUUGACGGCGGAGAUGAGAGCUUUUUCGUCUUUUCAUUAUUGCAUAUAUCUGUUCUUAUCCGUGGAUUAUACUCCUCCUUAUUAUUAUAAUUAUUUUUUAAAAAAAUUAUUAUUAACAAAUAUAUAUAGUUGUUGUUAGAUAAAAUUGUAUUUUCAGUCCAUAAAUUAAAUACUCCCUCCGUCCCACAUACCAUGUCCACGUUGCCCCGUUUCUGUCAGUCUCACAUGUCAUGUCAUUUUUUU